AUGCGCCAGAGCAAACAUCAAUGCGGCCCACAAGAAAGGCUAAUGCUCCAAAUGCGCACCAGAGAAAAAAAAGGCUUUUCAGAGACCCUCAAGGUCACUGUCAAGAUUCAAAGCCAAAUCAAGAUAGAUAAGGCGCAUUUCUAUCAAAGUCCAAAAUCUGGGUUGUACCUCCAAGUCUCAAGGCCAAGUCGAUUUCCAAGAAGGGGUCCAAUGCAAAGUUCCAAAAGCAAGUUCCAAAAGAAAAACCAAAAACCAAAAACCAAAUCCGAGGCCUAUACUAAGUCCUGUAAAAAAAACAGGCAUAUACUAAGUCCUCCUCUCCAAAAGGAUCAAAAGAAAUCCGAACUCGAGGCAUAUACUAAGUCCUCCACUCCUAAAGGAUCAAAUCCAAAAACCGAGGCGUAG